AUGUCUACUCGAUUAGCUCGCGGUUUCUUCCAUCGUGACAUUUCAGGCUUAGAAGCUGAAAAACUUCUCCAAGAAAAGAACAUUCCCGGCUGUUUUCUUGUUCGACCAUCGCGAACAAAACCUGAUGCUUAUGUACUGUCGGUUCGACGUGCAAAUGGAGAAAUCACACAUAUACGUAUUCAAAGAACCAACGAAGGUUUUGAUUUGGGAGAAAAGCAAGAGUGCUUUUCGACAUUAUAUGACAUGAUUGAUCAUUAUCGUCGAAAUGUACGAGAACUUCGGGAUAUUAAUAAUGAAUUUAUCGAAUUGACCAGUCCUAUUUUAGCACAAAUGCCGACGUUUGAAAAAUACUAUCAUGGGCCGAUCUCGCAUACUCAGGUGAUGUCACUUUUGAAUAAAUGUGAACAUAAUGGUGCGUUUCUUGUUCGCGAUUCUGAAACAACACCUGGUGACUAUGUAAUUUGUGUGAAAACAUACGAUGAUAUCGCAAACAUCAAAAUCAGAUACUCCACCGGACAAUGGUUUCUCGAUGGAAAAGGUCGUCGUGAACAAAUCGAUCGUUUUCAAUCUCUAGAUGAAUUGAUUCAUUUCUAUUUGAAACAUAACAUUCUUAUCGGUAUGAAUGGAGCUGCUUUUCGGCUUGUUCAACCGUGUACAUCGAACUGGUUUUAUGCUCGAGAUAUUCAUCAGCGUUGUGAGCAUUUAUCGAAAACAGUCGUAACGCAACGUGGACAGAAGAAUGGUUUCAGUGUCGAAUUUGAAUUACUAAAUCAACAGUCGGAAUCUCAAUCAUCAGCGUAUCAUAAAAGAAUUGGUGAAAAACAAGAAAAUCGAACUCGAAAUCGAUUUCGUAACAUUCUACCAUACGAUGAAACACGUGUUGCACUUCGAAAUUAUUCAGUUAAUGAUUAUAUGAAUGCAAAUCAUAUUCGGACACCAUUCGAAGGUUUCAGACGAGAAUACAUCGCAACGCAAGGGCCACUACCUGCUACAGUCAAUGAUUUCUGGCACAUGGUACAGCAAGAAUUAGUCAAAUGUAUUCUGAUGAUCACGCGAGAAAUGGAAGGCACUAAGAGUAAGUGUGCACGUUAUUGGCCUGAACUACAUGCAGUAAAGCAAUAUGGCACGGUUACUGUUGAAAAUAUCAGUGAGACGAACUAUGGCCCAGCUCAAUUGCCGAAUCAUUCAUCACGUUCGCACCGUACAGUAGCAACUCCAGCAUCCGUCGAUGACGAUUGUUGUUAUCGUUUACGUGUAUUGCGAAUAACAACAGAAGAUCGACGAACAUGGGAUAUUUUCCACUGGCAGUAUUUAGCAUGGGGCGAUCAUGAUAUUCCCUUGAUCGCAAAUCAACGUGAUAAUACUCAAUUGAGUAUUCUUUUAGAGUUUUUCGAACGGAUUGCACGUGCAAAUCCGAUUGGAAUGGAUGCGAAUGCAUCGCCAAUGAUUGUUCAUUGUAGUGCUGGAAUAGGUCGAUCGGGAGCAACGAUUACUAUUGAUAUUAUACUAAAUCGUAUUCGUACGGAAGGGUUAGAUACCGAAAUCGAUAUUCCGAACUUAGUUAGAUAUAUUCGAUGUCAACGAUCAGGUUUGGUGCAAACCGAACGACAAUACGAAUUGAUUUACCGUGUAAUUGAAUAUUUCGUAGAGAAAAUACAAUAUUCAUCUGACAAUUCAAAUAGACAGUGA